CAGACAGAAAGACAGACAGACAGACAGACAGACAGACAGACAGACAGACAGACAGACAGACAGACAGACAGUUAUCCAGAAUUGGGGUCAAUCCGUGGUCUGACCGCCUGCAGAAGGAGAAGGAUCAGACGUGUGACAGUUCCACCGUGUGACUCUGGCUCCAGGUACUCUGAGGGACAGACGUGUGGCUCCUGAGGACGGACGGACUCACAGCAGAAGCCCUCUCUCUCCCAUGUCUCUGAACGUGUCCUCCCCCCCCCUGGUGGUGAGGGGCGGUAUGGACGUGGACUCGGUCCUGAACUGGGUGUCCGUGGUCUUCGACCUGCUGACCGUGGGUCUGGGCCUGACUGGGAACGCCCUGGUCAUCUGGGUGGCCGGCUUCAAGCUCAAGCCGAACGUGACCAACGUGUGGCUGGUGAACCUGGCGGCGGCUGACCUGGUCUUCUGUCUGACCCGGGUUCUGACGCUGCUCAAGAAGCUCUACUUCGCCGGCUGGCCCUUCGGCGUCUUCCUCUGCAAGUUCAACGGCUUCUUCAAGUACGGCAACAUGUUCUGCUCCGUCUUCCUACUGGCCGCCAUCAGCCUGGACCGCGCCCUGUGCGUGUGGCGCCCCGUCUUCAUGCGCCGGCACCGCACAUUGCGCGCUGCCCGGGUCGUUGCAGCGCUGGUGUGGGCGGCGGCUGUGUCCUUCAGCGCCCCCUACUUCGCGUACCGCCAGGUGUACCUGGACAAGCGCAACGAGACCAAGUGCUCGCUGGAGGUGAAGGAGGCGUCCGCCGGGGACAACACGGCCAAGCUGGUGCUGUACUCCAUCCGCUUCGUGUGUGGCUUCCUAUUGCCUUUUAUGGUCAUCCUGGCGUGCUACGUCCUGGCCGGCGUCGGCAUCCGACGCCGGCGCCUCUCGGGGAAGUCCCGCACGCUGCGGAUCCUGGCCUCGCUGGUGGCGGCCUUCUUCCUCUGCUGGGCGCCCUACCACUGCCUCCUGCUGGCCAAGAUGGUGAAUGGCAAGUUGGUGGCGCUGGACAUUAGCCUGACGCUGGCCAAGGGCCUGGCCUACCUCAACAGCUGCGUCAACCCGCUGCUGUACUUCUGCAUGGGCCUGGAGGUGCGGGGCUGCGUGCGGCAGGGCCUGGCGGCGGCGUGCGCACGGGGACUGGCGGGCGACGAUGGCGACGGGCCUAGCAGCCGGUCCUCGGAGCGCACCGUGGACAACCGCGGCAGCUCCGGCACCGUGAGGCUGAACGCCGCCGCCGCCGCCCAGAGCAAGCACAGGGGGGGUCUGACAGGGGGCGGGGUCUGACAGGGGGCGGGGGAGGGGUCUGACAGGGGGAGGGGUUUGACAGCUCGUGUCCAGAGCUUAACUUCGGAAACCAAGUGCAAAAGAAAUCUGAAUUCUUCUUCAAACAUGAUCGUCCUGUCAGCAAGGGUCACAACAGGAUGCACAGUUAAAACAACAGCCCCGGGAAUUCCUGUGUUAUUUUUGGAUGUCCGGAACACAUCUUUAAGCAAUAACAGUGCCAAUGUGCCAAAGCGCAGUAUUCUGUAGCUAUAGCAACAGGUUCAUAUCGCUGUGUACUGCUUCCUUAAUAAUUCUUUAUCCACUCUGUGUACUUAUUGUGUUUGCAGUGGCUGUGUUGCCAUGGUAAUGUCAGGUAUCUGGGGGUAUUGUUGGUAGGGCUUUGUUUCCAUGGUGAUGUCAGGUAUCUGGGGGUAUUGUUGGUAGGGCUGUGUUUCCAUGGUAAUGUCAGGUAUCUGGGGGUAUUGUUGGUAGGGCUGUGUUUCCAUGGUGAUGUCAGGUAUCUGGGGGUAUUGUUUGUAGGGCUGUGUUUCCAUGGUAAUAUCAGGUAACCGGGGGUAUUGUUGGUAGGGCUGUGUUUCCAUGGUAAUGUCAGGUAUCUGGGGGCAUGAUGCCAUCCUGCUGCUGUUUCCCUCGAUCAAAGCCCUCCUAUUGGUCUGUGCCAAAAUAGUAGAACAACAACAAGUGUUGAGUUUCCGGAGUGUUCCUUGGGUUUCGGUAUCACUGAGGGUUUGGUGAGGAGUAGGGGGCGGGGUGGUGGAUGUGCUUCUGGGGCCUCAGACCACACGCUGGCUGAGGCUCUGGUCCAGGGGGAACCAUGCAUGGGAAGUGACUGAGAACAGGAAGUGAAGCCUCUCUCUCUGUCUGGACCCCCCAGGGCUAAACCCCCACACAUGACCUCUCUCAUUACAGCGCUCCAACUGUCCCUCCAAGGGUGGGUAAAAUGCAGCAGGCCUAUAAGAGUGUGUAACCUCUGCUAACAUCAGUGUCACCACAGUCCCGCUCCAGUGACUGAUUAGAAUCAAUUUAGUGAACUUUGUUGACUCAUUAAAAUCCAAACUUAAACCCAUUUCUUGACUCUCAUUUGCUGGCCUCAAGUGAAUACAGCGACAUGUUCGUACAUUGGUU